UUCAGUGAAAAUGGCAGAAGAGUGGAAGAUUAAAGGGAAGAAAUUCCUUAUAACAGGUGGAGCUUCUGGAUUAGGUGCUGCGUACGCUGAAAACUUUCUCAAACACGGUGCAGGGAAUGUAGCCAUAUUAGAUAUCGCCGAGGAAGCGGGAACAGAAUUCGUAGAAAAACUGAAUGCAACGUACAAUGAUAAGGCGAUAUUCGUAAAAUGUGACGUAAGCAACGAGGAGGAAAUCAAAGCAAGCUUCGAUGAAGUAGUCAAUGCAUUCAAAAGGAUAGACGUCAUAGUCAACAAUGCAGGUGUUAUGAAUGAUGCACCAAAUGUGUGGAGACUAGCAUCUGAUAUCAAUUGGCAAGGGACUGCCUCCAUUACAAUGAAAGGUCUCGAACAUAUGCGAACAGAUCAGGGCGGUUCAGGCGGCACCAUUAUCAACAUCUCUUCAGGCGCUGCUCUUACAAAGUUCAGCAUCGUUCCCAUAUACAGCGGAUCCAAAGCAGCGGUACUACAAUUUGGACGAAGCCUCGCGAUACCCGCUUUCUACGCAAUGACCGGAAUUCGUGUACUAACCUUGGUCUUGGGAGCGACGAAAACGGCGCUGAUAGACGACAUUAAGUCUAAAACAUUCGACGAAGUGAUUACAGCGCCAAUGCUUCCUUACGUACAACUUGCUGAACAAAAUAUCGACUCUGCUGUAGCAGCUGUGACGAAAAUGUUCGAAGAAGGCACUCCCGGUUCAAUAUGGCUGUCAAUAUAUAACCGACCGGGGCAGGAUAUUACUCCCACCAUAGACGCAGCCUACGGAGAAAUAGAGAAACUUCUCAUACCAGACGGCGUCGAGUCAUUAUAUGAUCAAAAAUAA